AUGAUUAUACCAUGCGCGGUCAUCCUAUCCAUUGGGUACACUGACAACGCGGUUGGGACGGGGCUGUUGAUACUGUUUCUCCAUUUUGCGCUUAAACCUAUGGAUAAUUACAAGACAUGGCUCUUCUUACUAUUCCUUGUGUUCAACAUAAACACAUACAACCAAUCAUUGAUGACUGAAGAUACGCUCGCAGUAGACACGAGGUAUAACUACGAGAUCGGCUCUAUUGUGAUGAACUGUAUCGCGCUCGCUAUUGUCUCCUACCGUGAUAUCAGGCAGUCCUACACAAAGCACGCAGAGUUGGACGUAUUCCUUAUCAUAGUAUUGUUGGUGCUUGAUCGAGCAUGGAUAAGGGACACAACUAGCAAGAUACCGCUGAUGCUUGGCUGGUUCAAUUCGGACGAUUACACACACUUCUGGCCAAGGAGCCUGAUGAUCCUAGGCCUUUUAGGAACCAUACCAUCGGAUUACCGAUUGAGUGGUUUCGUGGUCUCGUUCGCCGUUGCAUCGUCUCUGGGUGCUGGAUUGGCACUCUUGGGCGGUCCUACGGUGCUUCUUGUCGCUGCGGCAUUGUUGAAGGCGUUGGUGCUAUCUUUGGAGGCAUGGCUUUACAAGUCGAAGCUCAAUGGGACGGACAUCAAGGAUUACAUUCAGACCGAAGUCAAUCAAUAUCUGCAGUCCCAGACGUCCAAGGCGAUGGAUUAUGUUAUCCAGACCUUCGUAUCUAUUUUUAAAAAUUCUGAUGCUCUGUUUGAUGAUCUUACCAUUAUUAGCAAGUUCAACUCAACACCCGUUGGGAGGAGAUUGCUUCAAUGGCUCGAAAGCAAUACGAGCAAUGCAACCUAUGAAAACACAACCCAGCUCUUACAAGGGCUCGGAUUCACUACAAACAUCACAAACAUCAGUCAAGAUGUGUAUGUAUCCGCUGAACCAAGUCCUCAACCAAACGGAAGUAUCACGGUUGAUUCAUUACAAUACAUUGAGACCCUAUCUAGCUACGACCCCAACGCCAACCCCAGUGGUGUCGUCUACUACAAUCCACAGGCAUUCAAUGAAUCAAACUACAGCUUUGCGGGUGAAUCCAAUGGAGCUCAAUACUACAAUGAACAGAACCCCAUCGCUCAAGAGCUACAACGCCUCUCGGAGUACAAGAAGAUCCAAACUAAGGAGAUGCUGGACUUUUGGAGAUCAUUCACACAGUUCGAGAGAAGCAUCGUAUCACAGGGAAUACUGCGCAGGAGAUUGCUUGAUCUCGUGUCCCAGUCGGACGGAUCUGCAGCUAACUCAACCUAUGUAUUGGUGGCAUUACAAUCACAGUCAUGGGAUCAGAUGCAACUGCUCACUUCAACACUCAACUCCAACCUCUUUGCACAACAGGUCAACGCAAGGCAGCUACUCCAGAUCAAUGUGCUGUCUUCCACUACCUCUCUCGUCGUUCCCGGUGAAGGCGAGGCCCUCAACGUCCUCAAGCAGGCAUCGCCCAGCCUUCAGGUCAUUGUUGGCCUUACCUAUUCCAACCAGACCCAGACCUGGACCUCCAAGGUCAAGCACUACGACGACCCCACCAACAAUGACUACAUCCAGGCAAUUUACUUUACCAAGCCAAAUGGGGCACAGCCAGGGGACCGCCUAAACCCUUGCAUCCAGACCACUUCCACAGUGAACUGUAUCUAUGACAUGCAAGUGGAUUACUACACAUCCAUAUACGGGCUUCCAAGCUCUUACUCCACCACGAUGACUGCCAAGGAGUUGAUCGAUGCAAUGCCAAACAGGACCUUUAUGGAACUAUACGACGAACAACAUGGGAUAAAACGGCAAUAG